AUGAACGGCAAGAUGGUUUUACGUAGAUCAUCCAGACUAAUCCAAAAUACGGAACAAGGAAAAAGUGUGAAUUAUUCCCUGGCUGAAAAAACAGAUGAGGAUGAUGACGAUUCAAGCAGCAAAAAAAGGGAUAGAGGAAAGAAAAAGUAUAUAAAAAAUUCGAGUGCAGUGAUAACCAGUACUGAUGAUGACAACACUACUGAGGAUAGUGAUUAUGAUGCAAAUGAAGAUGAGAAUGGCAGUUCGUCUGAAGAGGAGGAAAAAGGUACAGAUGAUGAAGAUGCUGAUACAAGUGAAGAUCCCCGCGGGAAAAAAGCAAGAAAUUCUAAGAGCACUCGAAAAAAUGGAGGAUAUCUAAACAAUCGUAAGAACAGGAAUAACAAUGGAGACAGUGACGAAUCAUCGAUGAAAGAGAAAAGGGGAAAAAACAGAGGAGGAAGCAAAAAAAACCAUCGGAAUAAUAACGAGAAAAGUAUUAUUCCAUUCCAAGAAAACUCAGAUGAUAAGGAGAAACACACCCUGGAUGAAGGUUCCAAUAAUUUGGACAAAAGUAAUAAACAGAAUAAACAGAAUAAACGGAAAAACAAAAGUUACAUUGACAGACUACACGAAGACAUUGAUGAUGACGAUUUUGACAUUUUCAAAAAGAAUAGCAAGUUUGAUAGAAAUAAAAGAAUAUCCACCUCGAAGAGGGCGAGUAGUGCAUUAGACAUAAAUUUGAAAAAGAGAAAAAGCAUUUAUGUUGAAUCGAGCAACAGUGAAGAUUCAAGUGAAAGUGAUGAUGAAUACACGAAUGAAAAAACAAGACCUUCUAAAAAAUUAAAAAAAAACAAUAAUAACAAAAUGAAUGACAAUGAACAAAUUUAUAAAAGCAAUAUAAGUGCGAGUAUACAUAAAAAUUUUGAAGAUUUUAAUUUAUACGAAAAAAUUAAAAAAGGCCCCCCCAAUUUACAUGAAAUUAUUGAAGAAAUUUACUACAAUUUGUUUAAUAGAGAAAAUAAUGAAAAGGUUAAAAUAUCCACUUUUUUUUUAAAUUUUUUAGCUGAAUGUUCAGGUAAUGAAACUCUUACCUGGACUAUUGACAUAAUUGAUUAUAUAGACAAACAAGUAUACUUGUAUGAAGAGAUAACGAAUGACAAAAAUGAACACCGAUUGAUUCCCUCGAACAAUACCACAGUAAGAUCUACAUCCAUAAACGAAAUAAUAACACCUUCUACGGCUCAGUCGGGUAGCAAAAUUAUUAACAUAGAUGAAAUAAUAAAAGAUGAAAAUAGUUUUGAAAAGGUAUGCACAUUUAAGUGUGAAAAAUUGGAACAAUAUUUGCCCCCUGAUUUGGAAAAUGAUGUGUUGAUAAAAAGUAAAAAUGAAAAUAAUAAAUCUUAUAAAGCUUUUACGAAAUUCUUUUCUGAUUUUUCCUAUCAUUUUGAUGAAAAUUAUAUAUACGAAGUAUUGUAUAUAUGUACAUGGAUAUUUUCCCUUAGUGUAAGUAAAUACAGAAAAUUACGAUUUACAGCUUCCCUAGCUAGCCAUUCCAUAUUACUAGGAUUGUGCAAAAAAAUUAAUUACAUUAACAAUCAUGAAAAACAGGUGAGAAAGCAGCUACUAUCAGAAUAUAUUAGAGAAAUGGCAAAAAAUAACAACAACUUGAUAAACAAAAGGGGGAAUAACCAGCGGAGGGAUAGUACCAGUAGUAGAGAUAACAAAAAUGGUAACAAUAUUGCAAAUGGAGAAAAAACAAAACAGGACAUAGACAUUGAAGAACUCAUUCAGUAUAAUAAAAAGAGAGAUAAUGAUGAAAUUCGUUCUAUAAUUGAAAGAAAUUUAAUUAUUAGUCAGUUAAUUGACAAUAUAUGUGAAGAUAGAAAAAGUUUAACAGUUUUGAAUAACUUUCUACUUUGUACAUAUAAUAUACUAUAUAGGAACAAAAUAAAAGACGUGUUUUUAGAUAUACGUGUAAUAACUCUGGAGUAUUUCCAUCAUUAUUUACAAGUACUAAAUACAUAUUUUACGAACAGGAAAUUCACCAAACUGUUGAUUUGGAUAUUGUAUGAUAAGGAUAACAAGGUAAAAAUUUGUUCACUAAAUAUUUUAACAUAUUUCUGCACUCUCUACAAUGCGAAUAAAAAUUUCAAAAUUGUCGAGUUGCUCUACAUGUGUAAAAAAAAAUUAUUAAAUCUUAUUUUCGACAAUGAUUACAAUGUUAGAAUGAAGACUUUUGAAUUAAUAUUGCAAAUGAGCAAAAUGAGAAUUAGAAAAAUUGAUUUAAUAGCAUUUAAAAAAAGGAACAAACGUGCCAGUAUGGAUAGUAACAACAGAAGAGAUUUAACCAAGUCUAGUUCAUCUUCACAAUACGACAGUAACGAAGACGAAGAAAAUGAUACUUUUACCAGAGAAGGGAUAUCUGGAAAUAACCAGCUAGCCAUAAUAGAGGAGGAGAAUCACAAGAAGGAUGAAACAUCAAGCGAUAUUGUUAACAUUUUGUCAAAAAGGGAAAAGAAAAUUGUAAGCAACUUAAUAUGGUUUAAUAAUAAUAAUAAAAUUUCUAAAAUUAUUACUUCACUUAUUUACGAAUCGCAAAUAAAAAAUAAAAUAAAACAAUGUGAUAAGAAGAGGAACAACUAUUUUGAUGUAGAACAAAAUGAUGCAAAUUGUGAAAUUGUAAAAUAUAAUAUAAUUUAUUUAACUAAAUAUUUGAAUAAAAAUAUACCAACUGUUAAAAAUUUUGUCCAUUAUUUUGAUUAUCUCACCAAUUAUAAUGAAAAUAUGAAAUUAUACACUGUGAUUGAUAAAUUUGUUACGGGUAUUAGAGAAAAAUUAGAUGCUGUAAACUGCAUUGACGUCAUAAUUGAGUUGUUAUGUAAGGAUGAUAUUUCACCAUUUGAUUAUUGGGAAAAGUGUACAGAGACUACCAUGAAUAAUAAUGAAUUGGGUAGAACUUGUAGCAAGGGCGGUGUGGAAGCUGAUGCUGGUACGAAGAAGAAAAAGCAAAAUGGAAGAAACACAUUGAAGGAAAAGGACAAGAAGACUGAAACUUGCAUUAGUAGCAGAAGUGAUGGAAAUGAUGGAAGUGGUGGGAUAGAAGCUAGCGAAAAGGAACAAAACGAUGGUGGCGAUGUAGAUAAACCCAUCGAGGAUCGUGACUUGAGGAAAUGUUUGCUAUACAUCUGCGAAUCAUCGUAUAGAAAUUUUCAAAAUGAUAUAAACGAACUUGAAAAAAAUAAAAACAGAAAAUCCGCUCUCGCAACGAAUAGCACGAAUGUUGCAGAUAGAAACAGUAUGCACACCAUGAAACUGAGCCAAGAUACAAAUAAAAUUAAAAAGAUGAUCAUUUACACAUUUGGAAUAAUUAAAAACAGCAAGUUAUUGAUAAAAUUGCAUCAAACAAAUCAAGAACAUUUAUUGUUAGUUUUUAAAAUUUUAAAAAUAGCUAUACAAGAAUGUAAACAUAUUUACAAAAAUGAUGAAAAAAAUAAUAUUUACAAUUUCUCUUCCACCAUAAUGGAAUAUUUUAAAAAUGACAUUGAUAGUAAUAUUAAUUUCUUCCAGAACAACGUUUUUCUGCAUAUAAAAGAUACAUACGAGUAUCUAUAUUAUUUGCUCAAAAAUUUUAAUUUGCCGUAUUAUUCAUCCAAAUAUACAAUGAAUAUGAUAUCUAUGUUUUUGUCCCUAAACGAGUUUUUCAAAAGAAAAGAUGAAAGUACAUAUCAUAGAAACACAGCUACUACGAGUGGCAAUUAUAAAUUAUCAACAGAUUUAUUCUUCGAUCUUUACUAUACCUACUUUACCAACUUCCUAGAGGCUUUUUCAUACUAUCGCAAAAAUUAUAACGCAGAAAUUGAAUGUGAAGAGGAUGAAGAAGAAUACAUAAAAAAUGGAAAGAACAAAGUUGUCAUCGUUAAUGAAAGUUUAGUGCAUAAAGAUAGAAAUAUUGUAGACUCGAUUGAAAAUGAUUUAACUGUCAACCUAACAAAAUUAAUUCACAUGUAUACCCUGUGUUUUAAUUAUAUAAAUAAUAAUUUGUCUAGCUAUGUAGAAAAAAAAAAUGAUAUUAAAAAAAUUAAUAAAAGUAUUAAAAAAGUAAUGGAACAUGAUUAUUUUCAAUUUAUUGUAAAUGAAAAAUGCCAAUCAUAUUAUAAAGAGAAUACCUUUUUUACAGAAUUUUUGGAUGAAACUAUUUUGUUACAAGAAAAUGAUCACUUUUUUUACGAUGUUAAUCGGGGUUCUAGGGAAAAAAACCAUGAGUGCGAAGAUGAUGAAAAUGUAGAUGAAGCAGAUGAUGCAGAUAAAGUAGAUAAGACAGAUAAGGCAGAUGAGACAGAUGAGGAAGAGGAUGAAGAAGAAAAGGGAGAAAACUAUGAGACUGAUGACAAAAACGUAAAUAGCGAGACACAUAGUGAUCAACGGGACGAGGAAUACACAACUAGAAAGGCUAAUAGUAGAAAGGAAAAUAAAAAGUCCAAGAAAAAUAAAAAUAGAAAACCAAAUGGGGACAAAACUAUGUACAUAAAUCGAAACAGUGGUAAGAACAAUACAAAGUUCAAUGACAAAGUAAUAUUUGACAAAAAUGAAGAUAUUCAACAUAGACAACAUUUUAGCAACCUAUACUACAGCCCAGAUGCUUGUAUGCAUGCAAAUGUAGUAAUUCAAUUGUGCUUGUACAUAAUAAGGGCAAAAAUAAAUUCCGUGUACUACUAUGAAGAGGAAAAGAAUAUUCCCAUCACCCCAUCUUCUAGACUACUCCUGCUGUGUAUAGAUCUCAUAUACGUUGUUUAUGAAAAUUAUAUAUACUACUUAUGCAAAAAAAGGUACUUUUUUAAUUAUAUAUACAAUAACUUUUUUUUAAAAAAUGAUACUACGGUUGUAGUGGACGACAUGGAACAAAAUAAAAAUGGAAAAAUGGAAAUGCAAAAUAAGAGCAGUUCAACUAAUUUGAGCACUACGAAUGAGAAGAAUAACAAAAACAAAGAAUUAGUGGAUGAGGAAAAAGGAUUGACAGAAAAGAAUAAAAAUGAAGAUCAUAAUUACAGUGUAAAUAUAGACCAUUUAAAAAAUUUACCUAAUCUUAGUGAGAGAAAAAAAAAGUUUUUAAAAAACAUAUUCAUAGAACUAAAUUAUAUAUAUAACAACAUAGUAUCCUUGAGAGACGAUUUGAAUGAUGCACUUAUAUAUCUCAUCAAGGCAUCAAAUAAUACUAUACUAAAGUAUGGAACAUUUUUAAAUCUUAUGAAUGUAGCACAGAUGGAAAAUGUUUUCCUAUACUCGAUUGAAGAUAUGAAGAAGUAUAAAACUGUGGAAGUAUAUAUAAAUCUGUGCAGUAGUGGAAGAGGGGGUGGAGACCAUGGUGAUAUGUCUGAUAUGGAUUAUAUGGGAGACGAAAGUGGAUUAGUUAAUUUACAGUAUUUGCUAAAACUGGAAAGUAGCCACCAUGGGGAAAAAAACAACGAGAAGGAUGCGAACAGUUCCAAUGGGAAGAAGGUGGAAGAACUAGUACAAAGUCACCAAGACAUAAAUGAUGAAAUCAAUAAAUACAAAAGCGUAUCCAGAUAUGUGUACAAAGAAGACAAUGUCUUGUUUAAUUUCGUGACAGAAUUGUUUAAAAAUGUAGAAAACAUAAACAAUGAUAAUUAUAACUUUGUUAAUUCCUUUUUGUCAAUCGAUAUAGGGAUAUUUUUCCCCAUAAAUACAUAUACAUACAUUGCGGACAUGUGCAAAAUAUACAAUAAGGACGAACUGAGUAUGGAUGAGAAAAUUCUGGAAAUGCAAUAUAUGCACAUGAGCUUAAUAAUAGCUCAAUUUAUUUUACAUUGUAAUAAUAUAAAUAUAUUUAACAGCUGCUUAGGUGUAUUACUAUUAAUCCACUUGAAUGUUAAAAACAAAGGAUUAUCAUCAAUUGCUUUAAAUUUUCAUAAUAAAUUAAAAAAGUACAAUAUAGAAAUUUUUUAUGAAGUAUUAUUAUGUGCAUUAAUUGGAUUAUACACAGCUUAUAUUAACAACGCAUUAGAAGAAAAAGAUUUAUUACUAUUUAGCACAUCGAUAGCUAGCCGUUUAGGAGUUAAAAUUUUAGAGAAACAGAAAUUACCAUUAUGCAAAUUUAUCCACUCUUGUGUAAAUUGUGCUCUGAAUCUAAAAAACCAAAAUUCUUUUCUAAAAUAUAUUUUGCCAUAUGCUCAGAAAUUAAACCUUUCAGAUUAUCAACUUAACUAUUUAAAGAAACAAAUGCUAAAUCUAAUAGAGUCAUAUAAUACGUCUAAUAAUACACAAAUCAAAUUUGAAAAUAGUAUUUUUGAACAUAUGAUUCUUAUCAUUUGUAAAAAAAGAAAGCUCAAUGAAGAAUUUAAGGAUUCUAAUUAUGAACAAUCCUACAUGAGCCUAAACGAAAGUAUACAUUUGAAUAUAAGUAAAAAUAUCACCAGAAGAGUAAGUAGACCCUCAGAUGAACCUUCCAUUAAAACUAGAAGAAGCUUUAAGGACGUUAAUACUCACCUUGCACAAAAAUCAAAAGAAAAAUCAAAUAAUGUUGACAAAAACCAAAAUGGUCUUAAUACCGAUUCAGACGACUCUCAGAAUGAUGCAAACACAAUUACUGAAAAAUAUGAUCAUAACGAUAUAGAUGUUGAAAGAAAUCAAAGUAAACAUGUAUUCAACAUUAAGGAAGAACUUAUAGAUGAUAAAGAUGAUCCAGAGAUGAUUGCAAAAAGUAAGAAGAACAACAAGAGCCAAAACAAGAAGAUAGACGAAAAUGACGUAAAUAAUCAAGAAAACGCUUUACUAACUAGGAAUAAAACAGAUUCAUCAGAUUAUGAAAAGACUCAAUCAAACUCCACUCUUAGCAACUUCAUCAGCCCAAAGGAAGAUGACGAUAAUAUAUACCACAUUGAAGGUAUGAAUUAUGGCAAUAAUGGAACACUUAGUAAUGAUAAAAGAUCUAUUUAUGAAAUUGAGUCUAGUCCCAAACCGAUAAGGGGAAAAAAAAUUACAAGGUUAAAUUUGAUUGAUAAAAAGGAUUUUGAUUCUAAUAUUUAUAAUGAACAUGUCGAUAAAUCUCCAAAUGCAUUACGUAAAAAUUCCGAAGAUCAAUCUCUUAAUAGCUCACUAAAUGAUAUUAGUGAUAAGGAUAACGACGAUAUAUCCAUUAUAUCUGAAAGAAAAGAUAAAAUGAAUUAUUUCGAAGAAAAUGAUGAUGAUUCCAAUUCGGAUAUCAUACCAGGAAUGUCACCAAUGAAGACCAGAAAAAAAAGAAGAAGUGAUGCAUCGACUCCCAUUUCGUAUGCCGAUGAUUUGAUGAAUUUCUAA